AAAAUUAUAUUUAUUUUUUUAAUUUUUUUUUUUUAUGUUUAUUUUUUAUUGUAUCUAUUUUCUAUUUUCCAAUAUAUUCAAAACAAAUGUCAGAAGAGCGUAAAGUUGCAUUGAUUACAGGUAUCACAGGUCAAGAUGGAUCAUAUUUAACAGAGUUCCUCAUUGGAAAAGGUUAUACAGUCCAUGGUAUCAUUAGAAGAAGUUCAUCAUUUAAUACCAGUCGUAUUGAACAUUUAUAUCAAGAUCAACAUAUAGUCGGAAAAAAAUCAUUAACAUUACACUAUGGUGAUUUAACUGAUGCUACUAAUUUACUUAGUAUUAUUUCCAAAGUUAACCCAACAGAAAUUUAUAAUUUAGGUGCACAAAGUCAUGUCAAAGUAUCAUUUGAUAUGUCAGAAUAUACAGGUAAUGUUGAUGGUCUUGGCGCACUUCGUAUUUUAGAUGCAAUUCGUAGUUGUGGUUUAGAAGGCAAGGUUAGAUUCUAUCAAGCCUCCACAUCAGAACUUUAUGGUAAAGUCCAAGAGAUCCCACAAUCAGAAACAACACCAUUUUAUCCACGUUCUCCAUAUGCAGUUGCUAAACAAUACGCCUAUUGGAUUGUUGUAAACUAUCGUGAAGCUUAUAAUAUGUAUGCAUGCAAUGGUAUUCUCUUUAAUCACGAGUCACCACGUAGAGGUCCAACCUUUGUAACUAGAAAGAUCACUCGUUUCGUUGCCGGUAUUGCACUUGGAAAGAAAGAAAUUCUUUACCUUGGUAAUAUUAACGCUAAACGUGAUUGGGGUCACGCCAAAGAUUAUGUCGAAGCCAUGUGGUUGAUGUUACAACAAGAUAAGCCACAAGAUUUUGUUAUUGCAACCGGUGAAACCCAUUCAGUCCGUGAAUUUGUCGAGAAAUCAUUCAGAGAAAUCGGCAUUGAAAUCAAAUGGAGAGGAGAGGGCAUCAACGAAGAAGGUUACGAUGAAAAUACAAACACCGUUUAUGUUAAAAUCGAUGAAAAAUACUUCCGUCCAACUGAGGUCGAUCUUUUAUUAGGUAAUCCAACUAAAGCCAGAAAAGAAUUAAAUUGGGAAUUAAAAAUUUCUUUUGAUGAAUUAGUCCAAGAAAUGGUUGCAAAAGAUAUUGAAUAUUUAAAAAAUAAUGAUCAAUAUAAUUAAUAUUAAUAAUUAAUAUCAACACAAUCUUUAAAAUAUUAAUUCUAAAUAAAAUAUAAAUUUAAAAAAUAAUAGUUCCACAUAUAAAAAAAAUAAAAUAAUAAUUAUUAAAUAAACAAAUAAACAUAUAAUAAAUAGAUAAAUAAAUAAAUAGAUAUAAAGCAGGUAAUGUUUUUUUAAUAAGUAAGUUAAA